GAAAUAAGAGUCUCGACAUUGAUUUACGAGACUGGAAAAGGAAAAACGAACCUACCUCUUCCAACGUUCGUUUCUUCUAACGUCAACCAUAUCGAUACCUGUAUCUUAGGUUGGUCGUUUUGAACCAAGACGUUCAUUUUCAUCAUUACCCUCAACGAACUACAGUUUUUGCGAAAUCACAGUAUCGAAAUAGGAGGGAUCAUGACGCAACAACUAAGUGCUGUUGCUGCAGCCAAGGCACGGCAGGCUCAAUAUCGAGAACAGACCUACGAGUCCGACAGCAACGAUGAAGCCUUACCAGAGUCAGAAAACGAAGAUGGCCAAUUCAUCCCCAAAGACCGGCGACUGUCUCAGUCCGACCUAAAUCAGACCAUGGCUGAUAUUACGGCAAUGGAAGAAAGCGACGAGGAGGGCGCAGAUGCAGAGGUACCAAUCGGGCCAAGACUCGCGGGUCCAGAUCUCGAGCUUUCCAUACUGGACCCAGCACACGCGACCUUCCAGAGCAAAGUCACUACCAACUUGGCCCGCAAGGAAGUCCAUGUAUAUCCUUCGGAUCGCAUAGCGUAUCUGGGUGUGUACGAUUUUCGGGUCAUGGCCGGGGUAGUUGCGAUCUGCGGUGCAGCACUUGCCUCCAAUCCUACCCGAUGGUUCAGGGUGCAUGCAUUUGCCUCUCACUCUCUUCCGGUUAUGUCAUUAAUGGCGGGCGGAUCACGGGGAUACGCCAUUGUGGAGUUCGCGUGCCCAAUCGACGCCUUCCCAGACGACGCCUGUCCUCGCAAGCAAGUGACUAUGAGAAUAUUGCAGAAGGUUUCCUCAAACUUUGUCAACCUCUGGAUUCCGAGUAGCAUGGCCAAGGUUGGGAAAAACCAACCUCCAAUCACCUUCGGCUACCUCCAUAAAUCCAUUGACGACCCUUUAAAUCGGCGACCCACGGCAUUCGAUAUCUCGAAGCCUUGGGCUACUAUCGCCGAAAAUCUCACGCGCUCUCUUGGAAACGCACGCUAUCCAGUCGUCUUAAUCUGCGGAGGGCAGCUGGGUCAGAACUCGCUGUUCGCUCAGAUUCUAACUAACAACAUACUCUCUCGACAAGAAGAUGAAGAUCGAGUGGUCAUGUUCCUCGACCUGGACCCAAUUCAUCCAGACUAUGGACCUCCAGGCCAGGUGUCUCUGGUCAUGGUUCGGUCAAUGAAUUUCGGACCUCCUUUUAUCCACGCACAUCCAGGAGUAGGCGACCAAAAUACCGUCAUAUACUCCCAUGCCAUACCGAAAUAUGCCGCUCGAGAUGACCCCGACCAGCUUCUUUCAUGUGCGAAGCAUCUAUAUAAAAUGUAUGUCGCACUAAAAGAUGGAUCAGAGUCGACCUGGGGCCCGUCCAAACCCUCCAUACUACCUUUGGUCAUUAAAACCCCGACAUGCUUCCGAGCCUACGGCGAGCAAGCUCUCACCUCCCUCCUUCUACACUUCAGCCCCGUGCUCACACACUGGUAUUCCGUCGGCCCGUUCCCCUACUUCGAUGACUAUAAACCGGCCCUCAAAAUCCCGGAGGUGAAGCUCGACGGCCUUACUUUCGCCAACGGGCUUCUUCUUACCUCUGAAACACUCUUUGAAAUGCAACAACAGGCGUAUUUUCAUGCGGAGCAAACCCUCUCUGCGCAUAAGAAGUGGAACUGCGAGCCCUUGAGUUUGGCCGCGCCAUAUACCGUGCCAUACACAGGCAAUCAGCCCGGCUUCCUCGCCAUCCACCUAUCCGGCGACUUCCGCUGGCCCCACCGACUCCACGACAUCCUCAAUGGCGCCAUCGUCGCCAUCACCAUCAUCCAAGAUCUCGAGAAAUUCCCGACCGCCCGAAUCAAGUCGUCCGAGCCAUCCGGCAUCCCCUACCUCGCCCCUGACUCCCUCGGCAUCCACCCCCCCCUCGACCCCCACAACUCCUCCACCAUUGGAUUCGGCUAUGUCCAAUCCGUGCGACACGCAGAGUGCGCGUUGGACAUCGUCACGCCGAUCGCAAGAGACAUCAUGGAGAAGCUUCCGCAUGAUAGGAUUGUGCUGCAGGUCGGUCUUGUCCCCGCGCCCGGAUGGGCGUAUCUGGAAGCGGCGACACUGGCGGGGACGGUGAGCGUGCCGGAGGAUGAGGAGGGGGAGAUCAUGGAGACGGAUAAGAUGCCGCAGGCGUGGGUGAGGGAGCGGGGGAGGGGGGGGACGACGGUGCUAAAUUCGUGGUUGGGGCAGUCGGCGAAGAAGGCGAGGGCGCCUUGAGUGUUGGAAAUGGCAAGGGGGCAAUGGAUCGGUGUUGAAUAGCGGGGAAAGAUGCGAAGACAAUGUUAUUGGGGGUGUUAUCGUCCACAAUGUGCACAAUAUCCAGUUUUCCGGAACGGAGUUGUCAGCUCCGAAACAGGUGUACAGGUAGCGCGUGAAACUAGCCUGGAAUCCUCUCUACUGUUGUUCUGCCAGGUAUUAUUCCCAACUAUCAGUCGGAAACGCUGCUAUUGGAUCAAUGG